AUGGGGAUCAUCGAAAGGAUUAAAGAAAUCGAGGCCGAGAUGGCUCGGACCCAGAAGAAUAAAGCCACAGAGUAUCAUCUGGGUCAGCUUAAGGCAAAGAUUGCAAAGCUCAGGACACAACUGUUGGAGCCUCCAAAGGGUGCUAGUGGAGGCGGGGAAGGUUUUGAAGUUACCAAGUAUGGUCAUGGACGUGUUGCACUAAUUGGAUUUCCAAGUGUCGGAAAGUCCACGCUUUUGACAAUGUUGACUGGUACACAUUCUGAAGCAGCCUCGUAUGAAUUUACAACACUUACCUGCAUCCCUGGAGUCAUUCACUACAAUGACACAAAGAUCCAGCUUCUCGAUCUUCCUGGGAUUAUUGAAGGUGCUUCGGAAGGAAAGGGGCGAGGAAGGCAGGUUAUUGCUGUUGCAAAGUCUUCUGACCUUGUACUGAUGGUUCUUGAUGCCUCAAAGAGUGAAGGCCACAGGCAAAUUCUGACCAAGGAACUUGAGGCAGUGGGCUUGCGGCUUAACAAAAAGCCUCCACAGAUAUACUUUAAAAAGAAAAAGACUGGUGGAAUCUCUUUCAACACUACAGCACCCUUGACUCACAUUGAUGAGAAACUCUGUUAUCAAAUCCUGCAUGAAUACAAGAUUCACAAUGCUGAGAUACUAUUUCGGGAGAAUGCCACAGUGGAUGACUUCAUCGAUGUCAUUGAAGGCAACCGCAAAUAUAUUAAGUGUGUUUAUGUCUACAACAAAAUAGAUGUUGUUGGAAUUGAUGAUGUGGAUAGACUAGCACGGCAGCCAAAUUCCAUUGUUAUUAGCUGCAAUCUAAAGGCAAGUUAUAACAUUAUAACAUUGAAAAGAUCAAUCUUUAGGUCUGCAAGGAAAUCAAAUGCUGAAAACUAUAAUUCACUAAACUUAGACAGACUACUUGCAAGGAUGUGGGACGAAAUGGCCCUUGUGAGAGUUUACUCGAAGCCUCAAGGACAGCAACCAGAUUUCGAUGAGCCUUUUGUCCUCUCUUCUGAUCGAGGUGGCUGCACAGUUGAAGACUUCUGUAACCACGUCCACAGGACUCUAGUGAAGGAUAUGAAGUAUGCUCUUGUGUGGGGCACAAGUGCAAGGCACAAUCCUCAGAAUUGUGGUCUUUCCCAACAUUUGGAAGACGAAGAUGUUGUUCAGGUCGUCAAGAAAAAGGAGAGAGACGAAGGAGGAAGAGGCCGGUUCAAGUCACACUCAAACGCCCCUGCUAGAAUUGCAGACCGAGAGAAGAAAGCUCCUCUUAAGCAAUAA